UUUUAGUCUUAAUCUGAAAUAUAAACGUAAAAGUUGUGCCUCGCGACCGAAGCGAUACUGCACCGAAAAAAAAGAAAUAAAAAAAGAAAAAGAAAUUAAACAAACGAGUUGAUUUUUUGUUAAAAAUUGUGCAAACAUAUGAAAAGCAGCGGUAGCAGCAGCAACAUGAUGGUGAAAAGUUUUUUAAUUAUAUUAAUGGUUAUAUGUUUAAUGGCAUUCAACGUAAAUUGCCGACCCGAAAACUCUUCAUCGAGUGAUGUAAUAAAUGUUGAAGAUACGGACGAUGAAUUUAUCAUUAAGAAACCUACAAGUAUGGGUCCAGCUUAUCAACAAUUCUUGGAUGAAUUAUAUCGUCAUGAUUUAAAGAAGGCUAAAAUUCCAAAAGCAAAACGAAAUGCGGAGGAUGACCCGGCAUUUAAUAAGCUAACGGUUGAAUCUCCAAAUGAGUUCGACAUCCCCGUUAAACCGCCAUUAGGAACGAAUGAAAAUUAUGAUCAAUUUUUAUCACACUUGUACCGCAAAGACGAAGCAAAGAAGAAUCCCGCUCAAAACGAAUGAGAGAGAAAUUAAAUGAUCGAGAGCUGGUGGGAGAUUGAAAGUGAACAAUUAUGAUGAUGAUGAUGAACAAUAAGUUUGCAGGUCAUGUCAAUAUUUUUACCGCACAUUAACUUCUCAACUUCAGUUGUAUCUGUCUGUUUAAAUCUAUUUUAUAUUAUUUAUAAAUGUUAGGACAUUUUAUUAAAGCAAAUAAAUUGUUUAUCACAAUGUGAAAA